UUUGUAAUGGGUUGAAGAUGAAUUUUGACCCUCGAUGGUUGCCGUCGAUACCAGCAAGUGCUGCGACUCCAAAGGACCAUUUGUCAGAAGAUACAUAAUGCCUAAAAAAAUGUUUUUCACGUUAGUUUUUCUUUUUGUAACUUUGAACGAAUGUUUUGGCGACGAUGACCACGAAAUGGAAGAAUUUUUGAAGCGGGAAUAUUCCCUCUCCAAGCCUUACCAAGGUGUGGGAUCUUUAGGCUCCUCCCACUGGGAACUGAUGGGGGAUGCCAUGGUAACCACAGACCAGGUGCGACUCACACCUGACAUGCAGAGCAGACAGGGGGCAGUAUGGAGCCGCAUUCCGUGUCAUCUGAAAGACUGGGAGAUGCAGGUGCACUUUAAAAUUCACGGACAAGGCAAGAAGAACCUGAACGGCGAUGGGCUGGCCGUUUGGUACACUAAAGAGCGCAUGCAGAAAGGUCCUGUGUUUGGAAAUAUGGACAACUUCACAGGCCUGGGGAUCUUUGUGGACACGUAUCCCAACGAGGAAAAACACAUCGAGGCGCAAAAGAAGAGAUACACACCUCGCACGCAGAGGAUCUUCCCCUUUGUUCUCGCCAUGGUGGGCAACGGCAGCAUCAGCUACGACCACGAGCGCGACGGCCGCCCCACGGAGCUGGGCGGCUGCAACGCCAUGGUGCGCAACCUCAAGCACGACACUUUCCUCUUCAUCCGAUACGUCCGCCGCAGGCUCACGGUGAUGAUAGACAUCGAUGGUCAGCACGAGUGGAGGGACUGCCUGGACAUACCCGGGGUGAGGCUCCCACUAGGCUAUUAUUUUGGAGCUUCAGCGAUCACUGGAGAUCUGUCAGAUAACCAUGAUAUAAUUUCCCUGAAACUUUACCAACUGACGGUGCUGCGGAGUAAAAAGGAGGAGGAAGAGGAGGAGCAGGAAGAAAUAACCAUCCCCAGUGUGGAUAACAUGGACCUGCUCAGAUUGGGUCAGAGUGACGAAGGGAUGAGUGGACUGUCCAUUUUCUUCACCGUGCUCUUCUCUAUGCUGGGUUGUGUCUUCCUCAUCAUCAUCGGCAUGGUGGUCUACAGCCAGUGGAACGAGAGCCGACGCAAACGCUUCUACUGAGGAGCUCGACCAUGAAUGUGAUUUACUACUGAGGUCCAAAGACCCGACUGCGAUAAGAGUGAGACUUUAUCGGCCGGUGGAGCAGUGGAAGUUUUUAUACUGAGGAAAACCUUAAUUUGACUGCAAUUAUGGAGUUAGAGUUCAUGUUUUUCCUGCUGAAAAAAAGCCAUUAUCCAGCUGUGCCGUUGGUGAAUCAGCUGGGAGACUUUACACCUAACUCCUGCCUGACUCAUAUCUACUCAGCCUUACACCUCCACCUCGGUAUCAAUCAUGCAGUGUCCUUUCUGAUUCUUUUGAGCAGCUAUAUUUAUUCUUUACUUCAUCUUUGCUACUUUGGAUUAAUCAAAAAAAAUGCACUAAUAUUAAAGUUAUCGCCUUAGGUUCAAUGAUUUUGAUUGGUCUGAUAUUUUCAGAAAUUUAUUGUUGCACUGAACUUCCACCUGACCAGAUACAUUUCUUUUGUGAAGCAGUUUCAAACUUUAAGAAAACUGCGAUAAAAUGAUAUUAACCAAAAAUAGAACACUUGACAAGCAAACAUGACCUAAUUUGCUUUUGUUGUGGCUAACAGACAUUUUGCUGAGUAUGAAUCUAGAGGUAUAAGGUAGGAUAAACCUGUUUUCUUCAAAAAUGUGGUUUUAGAUAUACAGUAUGGUUAUGGCUAAAAGUUUUGGCAAUGACACAACAGUGCUGUGGCUUCAAUGUUGCUGUGUUUAAGAACAAUCAUUAGAAAAAUACAUAACCUCACUUCACACUUGCAUGCUGGAUAUCAAAUUCUGGUCCAAAUCCUGACCCAUGGUGACCCAUUCUUAACCUGUUACUGUUUGUGGAGUGGAUCGGUUUGUUUGCUUCUGAUUAGCUUCUUGCUUUUGAAGAACUAGUCACAGAUUCGGAGGCACUUUUCUUGCCAUGAGUCCUAAAAUGUCAAAGUCAUGAUCGUCAGGCCACUUUAUCACAGUGUUGCUGAGUAACCCACAGAUCUUCACCUGAGUGUUGGAAGAUGUUUUGAUACCACUAAGCAGCCCCACACAUGGAUCGUAUCAGGACGCCUCAGUGUUGGCACAACACAGCGACUCACAGUAGCACUCACUCACUCACUUUCCUCUCUGGACAGAUGAUUUUCCAAAUGUCCAAAACAAUCAGAAGAGUCGUCAGAGAUGAAUUUGCAUCAGUCUCCUGCAGUCUAGCCUUUAUAAUUGCAAAAUAAUUUUAGUUUGAUGUUGUCUUGGACAGAUGAGACUUCUUUGAUGUCCUUUUCAUCACAAGGUUGUUGUCUAAAUUUAGUCUUUGCCUCACUCUGCUGCCAGUGUUGAGCUCUGUUCUGGUGGCAACAUAAUUCUCCAGUGAUUUUUUUUUUUUUCAGGAGAAAAUGGUCCUGAAGCUUGCUGGACCCUCUCACUUUGAGAAAUGCUCUUUCAGGUGUAAUAUUUCCUAUCAUGUGAAGUCAUUUUGUGCCACUGCCAAAACUUUUGGCCUAUAUCGUUGAUGUAACGAUAACACUACCGUUCCUUGAAGAAAUGCAUAGGAUGUGACGCCCCCCUCCCCAAACUCUGAUUACUAAACUAACUUUUGUUUAGUUUUUUGUUGUUGCAUGUAAAAACAGAUCCCCUGGCUCUUUGUUGAAUGUCAUAUGUCCUUGCUGUAAUCCUAACACACACAGGUAUGUCUCUGACCCAUCGUCACAAAGUUCAUGUCGACAUACAGUACAUCUCAUAUUUUCGUGGUUCUGUUGUGCAGUUUAUAAGCACCUCCUAUAACCCACUAUGACAUCUCAUUUUUAUUAGAUUUUGUAUGAAAUCUGUGUCUCAUGUAUUUAUGCAGUGAAUAAGAAUUACAAGUUUUGAAUUUUA